AUGGCGGCUGGCGUGGGCCGAGAGCCUGAUCAUGUCGACGAAAAGGCAGUCUUCACAGGCAAAGAUGCAGAUUCAUCAGCUGUGAAGACCGAUGGCCCAGAUGAGCCUACGAGACAGGGUCAUGCCAUCAGUCAGGCCGAAGUCGACGACACGACGCUCUUCUAUAACCUCAACAAGGACAAGGUCCAGGACUUUACGCCAGAGAUGGAGGGAAAGCUUGUUCGCAAGAACUUCUGGUUUCUCCUCGGACAGACCUGGUGGAUCGCUUUUCUCAUCCACUUGGAUAAGUCAACUCUGUCUCAAGCCAGUACCAUGGGGAUAUUCAAGGACGUCGACAUGACCAAGAAGCAGUACAACGACCUCUUCGUCGUUUUCUACACCGGCUACUUGAUUGCGCUGUGGCCAGGUGCCUGGCUCUCUCAGAGGACUGGGCAGAAGCAAUUCAUAUGCGGUUCGCUCCUUCUCUGGGCUCUCUUGCUUGGUAUGCAUCCGCUUGCCAAGACCGGAAGCCAAAUGAUCGGUUUAAGAUUUAUCCUAGGCAUGACCGAGUCGCAGAUCGUACCGAGCACGACCAUCCUACACCAGGCCUUCUUUCCUCCCAAGAAGAGCCCAUGGGUUCAGCUUCUAUGGUGGGCUUCGGGCAGCCUGGCCAAUGUGCUUCUCACCAUGGUGGCCUACAAGUUGAUUCUUCUCGACAAUGACCACCUUCUUGUAGGGGGGUUGUCUUCAUGGAAGUGGCUUCAUAUAAUUUGCGUCGUCCUUACCUUCAUCAUGGUCGUGCCUCUCAUCUUCUUCCUGCCGAACUCGCCCAUUGAGGCAAAGUGGCUUUCGACCGAAGAGAAGGUGCAUACCAUCAAAUCCAUUCGCGACUCCCAGUCCGGUAUCAAGAACUCGUCAUGGAAGUGGUCGCAGGUUCGCGAGGCCUUUACGGAUCCCAAGAGUUGGCUUUUCAUUUUCCACAUGUUCUUUAACGAACUUCCGAACAACACCUCUCAGCAGCUGCCACUCAUCAUUGUCGGCUUCGGCUUCACUGCCGCUGAGAGUGCCCUCUUCAACAUCGCCAAGCCCCUCAUCGGCUCAUUUCUCAUCCUCGUCUCAGCAGCGAUGCUCUACGGCACUAGACUGGGAACUGGGUAUACAUGCGCUAUAUCUUAUAUCCCCUGCUUUGUUGGCGGAAUCAUUGAGCUUGCUUCUCCAUGGUCUAACAAAAUUGCUCUUGUCGUCGGCACCCAGAUUUCUACAUUCAAGCCGUCUUAUCUCCUUGGUCUUUCAUGGGCGGGAACAGCAACUACUGGGUACACAAAGAAGCUCACUGUCAUGUCAACCUGCGUCGUUGCUGCAUCAGUUGCCAAUAUGGUUUCUCCAGAGUUCUGGCAACCCAAGUAUAAGCCCAGGUAUACACUCCCUUGGGCUUUCAUGACUGCAUUCUGGUUCAUCUCUCCGGCCAUGUGUCUCAUCAUUCGCUGGUAUCUUGUUCGUGAGAACACACGUCGACAGAAUCUGCUUGAUUCCGAUGCUAGCUCGGUCGAGAACGAAAUCCUCGAUACCGGCGACGAGGUCAUCCGCGUCCAUAAUGAGGACCUUGACCUCACCGAUCGCCAGAAUCUCAAGUUCAUUUACCCACUGUAA